AUGGCCAUUGACACGCAGCACAAGAUGCUGCUCUUUGCAGCCGCCGCUGCCGUGCGCCUGCUCCUCUUCACUGUCUUUCCCGCCCUGCCAGACCUCCUCGCCGGACGUGUCGAGGUGUCAACACCAGUGACGAGCUUCAAGAGAUUGCAAGAGGGCGUCUUCCUCUACACCCACAAUGUCUCUCCCUACGACGGCGGCGUAUACCACCAGGCACCCCUCCUGCUGCCGCUCUUCUCCCUCUUCCCCAACCCGGCCCAUGCCCCGCUGGCGACCAACAUCUUCUAUACCAUCGUCGACUUACUAAGCGCAAAUGCCCUGGCUCAGGUGGCAGAGAGCGGCUUCGCGUCAGUCACGCGCCUGUUCGCUUCCCCGCGGAAGGACUUGAGAUGGAGUAGUGUGGCUAUUGCAGCAGGCUUUCUGUUCAAUCCCUUUACAGUUCUAACCUGCGUCGCGCGCUCCACCUCGGCCCUCACUAACCUCUUCAUCCUCACGGCCAUGGCUAAGGCGUCCCAAGGGGCCAGCUUCACCUUCAUACUGGCCACGGCUUUCGCAUCGUACUUCGCCAUGCACCCAAUACUCCUGUUCCCCCCGCUCAUGGUUCUCCUCUAUGAUGCGAAGACUUUGAAGAGAAAGGCCGCGCCAGAUGUCGCAUCCUUCGUCACAAUCCAUACUCUUGGUAUCGCGGGCGCAAUAGGCGUCUUGCUCUCUGGGUCUGCGUUCUUGACGGGCUCGUGGGACUUUCUCUCGGCGACUUACGGUGUGCGUCUCUUACUACCUGACCUUACGCCGAAUGUUGGUUUAUGGUGGUACUUCUUCAUCGAGAUGUUCGACUCUUUCCGCGAGUUCUUUCUCGGCGUAUUCUGGCUACACGCCGCGUCGUAUAUGCCAGGUCUUACCAUUCGCCUUCACAAGCAGCCAUUGUUCGUUGCUUGCAGCUUGACCGGCGUGUUCGCCAUUUUCACACCAUACCCGAGCAUAGCGGAUGCUGCGCUCUACCUGUCCUUGGUACCCAUGUUCCGUCAUCUGUUCCCUCUCAUGCGCUACACGUUCUUGGCUUCGUCCGCUAUCUUAUACACAUCGUUCUUGGGCCCUGCCUUCUACCAUCUUUGGAUUUACGCAGGAUCGGGAAACGCCAACUUCUUCUAUGCCAUCACGCUGGUCUGGAGUUUGGGACUGUCCAUUAUUCUAGGAGAUUCGCUAUACGCAGCCUUGAGGGAUGAGCUGGACGUGGAGAGACCCGAAUUGCUGGGUAAAGAAGUACGUAGGAUAUAG